AUGCCGGUUCUGGGAGCAGCAGCACGGCCCGUUCGGUCCUCCACCUCCGCCCGCGCCUGCGCCUGGCCACCCUGGCCGGCGGCCAGCGGCCGGAAGGAGCGCUGCGGCGGCCCAUGCCCACGCCGCUCGGCGGAGUCCCUGGAAGGCGUCGGCGAGGAGCGCGACACCGCGGCACGGAGGUGGGCCACACUGGACCCAGCAGAAGACUGUGCCUGUCGGCGGCCUCCCGGGGUGAGGCAUAUGCGCAAUCCCGGAGCGCGAGACCUUCGAGUCGCCAGGGGCCGGGGACGCGGGCGCAAAAUCCACAGAGGGCGGCCGCACACCACCACCAUCCCUGGACGGGGGCCCCUCCUCCGCCACAGCACGGUGCGCCACGAGACACUCCUGGUAGGAAAGCCUCCGGCAAAGAGGAUGCAUCCCAGCGCCCAGUGCAGCCCCGACCAGGGAUGGUGGCGGCACAGCUGCCGCUUCCGGGCAGAAGGCGGCAUGCGCGGAGGCACGGGUUCAAAGGCCACCUGCUGCCACGCAACCGUCUUAAUUUCCAGCACGGCAUGCCUCGAUUUGGAGAGGUCAUGCACUGCACAGGGCGCCGCAACAGAUCGGUGCUCGCUGCCGCACGGCCUCCGGCCACAGCGGGAAACACUGGCCCCCUGA